GUAUGUGGAAGUCAUCUGGAUUCAUAUGAUGUUAAAUAUCCUUGUGCUUUCAGGGGUUUUUUCUUAUCUAGUUCCAGCUGCUGCACUUGGAGCAAUGGGAUAUUGUUACAUGUGGUGGAAGGGCUGGUCAUUUUCAGAUGUAAUGUUUGUAACAAAGCGAAAUAUGGCUGAUGCUGUUGCAACUGUGUCAAAACAAUUAGAGCAUGUAUCUCGAACGUUGACUGCGACAAAGAAACAUCUAACAAAGAGACUGGAAACUUUGGACUGGAAACUAGAGGAGCAGAUGGAAACCUCUCAGCUCAUUGCAAAUAAUGUUAAUGAGAUGAAGUUAAACCUUUCUCAAAUUGGUUUAGAUGUGGACAUGAUUUACCAGAUGGUAGCUGGAGUGGAAGGAAAAAUUGAUCGUCUUGAGAGCAAAUCAGAUGUGACUAAUGCAAACAUUCGGUAUCUAUGCCAAGUAGCUGCAGACAAUGCUGAUCAACUAAAUGCUAAAUUGAUUCAGGAUGCUGGUGCUAAAUUGGCAAUUGAUUCAGCCGUGAAAUUUGAAGAGAAAUCACCAAAGGGACUACUAUAUCUUGCUGAAACAAAUGAGUUGGUUUCCGAUAAACAAAUGACAGGCUCAGAUGACAGGCAUUUGGAUGUCCCUAUGAAAAAUGUCCCUGUUAUGAAAACGAGGGUACACCGGUCAUAUACAGUUGGGAUUUCUUGGGCACAAGACAUCAUGCACUCUUAGAUAUGAUUUUAUAAGUUCCAUUUAUAAACAGUUUCUUACUGUUAAGUAAUUUUUCCUGUUAUUCAUUCAAGCAUUUGCAGCGUUCCUUGGCUCCUUGCUCUUUGGUUCAGUUGUACAAGAAUUAUCGUAAACAUUUUGUUUCCAUAUUGAAUGCAUUGGGAUUGCAGCAGGGAAUGACAGAGA